GCGCCGCGCGGCUCCGCGCCCCAGGCCGAGGUGUCGCUGUGCCCAUGGGGCGUGCUUUUUGUGCGGCCCGGACGGAGAGAACGCGCCGGCCGAGCACCGGAAAACCCUCCUGGAAUCUCUGAGCCCAGCAUGGAUUAUAAACAGCAGGCCAGGCGAGGAGCGGCGGCUCGCCCCUUGAGUUGCGACCCGGCUUGGCAGCAGCGUGGGGCCCAGUGCGAGUCUCUUUUUUGGUCGUUUACGUGGCUGAUGGUCCUCUGAUAACAGCCCCUGCCCCAGCCCUUCGACCUUUACAGUUUUUUUUUUCUUUUUAAGGAAACAACAAAACCACCCCAAAAAGAUCUCUCCCCCACCUCUCUCUUUUUUUCUUCUUCACCCCUCCGGGAUCGCUGUUUUAAUCCAUGUGCUUGCGUCUCCCCCGCGUUCCACUUAAACUAUUUUAAUCCUUGGACCCAAGGAGGAGGCUGAUAGGGAACGGGGAGGCGGAGGGGGGGGUAGGUUAAAAAAAAAAGUUCUUCCCAAAUAAGUGUGCCCGGGGAACAGGAUGGGGGAUUUCGCGGCCCCCGCGAAUGGCAGUAGUAUUUGCAUCAACAGUAGCCUGAACUGUGGCCUCGGCGGGGCCGGCAUCGGGGUGAAUACGUCUCCCAGUAGUACUCCCGCGGUGGUUGCGAGUGGCAAUCACCCCGCGGCCGGCGGCGGCAACGGGGGUCCCGGCGGCGGCUCGGUGGCCGUCCCCAAGCACAGCACCGUGGUGGAGCGGCUCCGCCAGCGCAUCGAGGGCUGCCGGCGGCACCACGUCAACUGCGAGAACAGGUACCACCAGGCUCAGGCGGAGCAGCUGGAGCUGGAGCGCCGGGACACCGUGAGCCUUUACCAGCGCACCCUCGAGCAGCGGGCCAAGAAAGCGGGCGCCGGCAGCGGCAAGCAGCAGCAGCAGCAGCAGCAGCAGCAACAGCAGCAGCAGCAGCAACAGCAGCCGCCGAGCAAACCCCAGCAAGAUGCGGAGGGUCCCUCGGCCGAGCAGAGGAACCACACGCUCAUCAUGCUCCAGGAGACAGUGAAAAGGAAGUUGGAAGGAGCCCGCUCGCCCCUCAAUGGAGAGCAGCAGAACGGGGUUUGUGAUGGGAGCUUCUCCCCAACCCACAAACGACUGCGCAAGGAGCUGGCAGCGGGGCUGGAGCCCGUGGGCUUGCCCCCAAUGCCUGCCGUGUCUCCUUUGCACCAGCUGGACCUGAAGCCGGCUCUGCCCUUGCCCAGCAGCGGCGCCCAUGGUCCCCUGGCACUCCUGGAUGAACUGAACAAGAAUGGCCGCAUCCCUGACAUGAAGCUUCCUGUCAACGGCUGCGGGGACCUGGAUGAGCGCUUCCCGGCCCUGCAGGGAAAGGACCUGAAGCAGGAGCCGCCGGAAGAUCCGGCCUGCUUGGACCCGUCAGAGACAUCUCUCUCCAACCAGAACAAGCUCUUCUCUGACAUCAACCUCAACGACCAGGAGUGGCAGGAGCUCAUCGACGAGCUGGCCAACACGGUCCCUGAGGACGACAUUCAGGACUUGUUCAAUGAGGACUUUGAGGAGAAGAAGGAGCCCGAGUUCCCACAGCCAGCGGCUGAGACGCCCCUGUCGCAGGAAAGCCUAAGCGUCAAGAGCGACCCGGCCCACUCCCCCUUCGCGCACAGCACCCUGGCAUCGCCGCAAGCGAGGCCCGCCUCAUCCGGACCGCCCUUUGCCACCGUCUCUACAACCCCGACUCUGCCUUCCAUGGCCAGCACCCCCGCGGUGGCCCCCAACACCACCAGCUCCCCUGCCCAGUGUGCAGUCCCGUCCCCACAGACCCCUAACCCAGCCCACACGCCCGGGCAGGCCCAGGCACCGCAGCAGCCAACAAGGCCCGGAAAUGGUUACCUAGUGAGCGCUGGGCCAGCAGCCACCGACCUAUCGCCUGCUGAGCAGCUGAAACAGAUGGCAGCUCACCAGCAGCAAAGAGCCAAGUACCUGCACCAGAAACAGCAGCAGCAGCAGCAGCAGCAGCAGCAACAUGCGAGCCAGAGUUCAAGCUGGUCCCCACUGGGGCCACCGUCCAGCACCUAUGGAGCAGCUUUUCCCUCCGAGAAACCAAACAGCCCCAUGAUGUACCCCCAAGCCUUUAACAACCAAAACCCAGUAGUGCCUCCCAUGGCCAGCAACCUCCAGAAGACGACACUGAAUAACUACCUCCCUCCCAGCCACCUGGGCAUGGUCAGCCAGCCCACCAGUAACCUGGGCACCAGUUCCCUGAACAAGCCCCCCAAUAUCCUGACUUACGGCAACACCAAGCCACUGACGCAUUUCAAUGCCAACCUGAAUCAGAGAAUGACGCCGCCCAUGGCCAAUCCCAACAAGAGCCCUUUGAUGCCAUACAUGCAGUCGCAACCCCAACCGUCGCAACCACCAUCCCAGGCGCCCCAACUGCAGGCACCUCGGGCACAUUUGAGUGAGGAACAGAAGCGCGUACUGCUCAUGAAGCAGAAAGGCGUGAUGGGUCAGCCUCUGACUUACACUUCCCUCCCUGCCCACGGACAGGAGCAGCACCCCGUGGGCCUCCCCCGCACCGCGGGCCCUCUGCAGCCAUCGGCACCCCAGUCAAGCGGGCUGGGCUCAGCGGGGCCCGCGGGCGGCUUCCUGGGCUCGCAGCCGCCAGCGCUGGUGAAGCAGCUCCUGGAGCAGCAGAAGCAGCAGUUCCUGCGAGAGCAGCGGCAGCACCUGGCCGGGCAGCAGCCGCACGUAGCCAGACAGCAGGCCCAGCAACGGAGCCCAUACCCGGUGCAGCAGCUCGGCCAGUUCCAAGGGUCUCCCCAGGAUUUGGCGGCCGCGAGGGGCCAGACAGCACUGCAGCCCAUGCGCCCUCCGAGGAUGCUGGCGCAGAACGCGGGCAUGAUGGCUAUGGGACCGGCCCAGAGCCCCGGUAGCCUGGCAAGCACGGCCGCGCCGUCGGACAUGGGCCUCUACAGCUCAGCGCCUGCCAGCCAGCCGGGAAUGUACAGCCUGAGCCCGGGGCUGAGCUCGAUGCUGCAGCACCCGAACCAAAGUGGCAUGGCCAUGACACACGGCGCAGCAGCAGCAGCGGCAGCGGCGGCUGCAGCGGGGCCCAGGCAGCCCGGCUCCGGGCAGGGCGCUGGCCUGAUGAGCGGCUUUGGGCAGAACCUGCUGGUGAACUCGGCGCUGACCCCCCAGCACCCACAGAUGAAAGGGCCGGUGGGCCCACAGGGGCCCUCGCUGGCCCGGUCGCAGGCACCGCCCCGAUUGCAGAGCAUGGUGGGGGCCGUCCAGCAGGGUGCCCCAGGUUGGCCCCAGCGCAGCUUGCAGGCCAUGCCAGUCAGGACUAGUGGCGACUUGGGGGCGUUCAACAACGGGGCCGGCUACCCGAUACCCGCCGGCCAGCCGCGCCUGGGCAAACCGCCUUUCCAGGGCGCCCUGGGCCAGGUGGUGGACGCUGGCACAGGCACCGUGAGGACCCUCAAUCCCGCAGCCAUGGGGCGCCAGAUGAUGCCCGGACUCGCUGCGCAGCAGGGUGGCGCACAGGCCCGGCCGCUGGUCAUGUCCAGCCUGAACCAGGGUGUGCCCGGCCUGCCCGCCUUCGGCCAGGCCCCGGGCCAGCAGCAGAUGCCCACGGGGGGUUUUGCUGGGGCCGGGGGCCAGAACCAAGGCUAUGAGCGCGCACCCCCGGCGCAGGAUGUGACCUACAGCUACGGCGGGGACAGUGCGGGGCCACCUUUCCCAGGCCUGGCUGAUGGCGCUGACCUGGUGGACUCCAUCGUUAAAGGCGGGCCAGGGGAUGAGUGGAUGCAGGAGCUGGAUGAACUGUUCGGGAACCCCUAGUCUCGGGAGUCUCCCAGAGCCAAAGCUCUGGUGGGGGAAACUCAGAGCGAAGAGGAGACAGGAGGUGCCCCCCCCACCCGCUCCCCACAGUGCCAGCCCUGUUUUGGAUGGGGCACUCACAUCGUGAACUAAGCAGAAUUACAGAGGGAGCGCCAGGUGCUGCCCACGGGGCCCCAGAUGCCCUCACAGAGUGGGCACAGGGGGGCACAGCUCGGAGUCAGCAGGAGAGCACACACCCCAGCUGCACUGGGAGGAGGGGUCUGGCACGAGAAGAGGCUGCAGGGGCCCCAAGGCGUCCAGGACGAGACCCAAGUCUCCUGGACAAGGCUCCAUCGCAAGACAGCCCUGUGCAGGGACCGAGGUGACCACCAAGAGCGCAUUAGCCCCCAUGGAAGGCACACUGACCCCCCAGCUUCUCAUAGACACUGGAAGCGACACAGCCAAGCUGGGGUCUGGAGCGGAGCCAGAGAUGCAAUGGUGGGCCCUGAGCUUGUCGUCCAGGGGACGGUGACCCUGAGUGGAUGGCCCUGAUGUGGCCC